AUGUUGCGUUGGACAUCAGUUCGUCGACGUUCAAGUUAUUGGGAGCCUUUCGAAUUAAAACAGCGUUAUGCAUUUAAUCAAAAUUCUUCUUUAUCACAUGACUUUCGUCCAGCCUCGGCUCGAUCUUCUUUUGGACAAGUAGCUAAUACACCAACAAAACGACAAUUUAGACGUGCUUUGACCAUGAAUGCUGAUAGAAGAAAAACAGAAAAUGAAGAUGAAAUUGACAACAUAGAAGCCCCUCCAGAUGACCCACAUCAACCAUUAAAUUCUUUCCAAUUAUUUAAUAAAAAAGAGAAACAACGAAGAUAUAGUUUAUGGACAGAAAGAUAUUCUUUAGAUUAUUUAAAACAAAAGAAAAUUAAAACAAAAAUGGUUAUUUUAUCAAGAGAAGAAGAGGAAAAGGAAGAGGAAGAAGAGGAAAUAAAUGAAGAUAAUAAUGUAAAAGAAGAGAAUUUGCGUAAAAGAAUGCAGCAAAGAAGGAGAAGAUUGGGUUAA